AUGGAAGUGAAUGUAGACAUUCUUCAAAUGUGUUGUUUUCUUCUGCUAUCCGUGUUGGAGUCGUCGUUAGCAGCAGUAACUUACUGUGGCAAUGGAAUGUGUUUGUGUGACGAUAAAACUCAUCAAGCAGAUUGCAAGUCUGUACAUGAAGGACAAAAACUUUUGUUUUUUCCUAAACUUCCAGAUAACAUAGAAGAUGUUACUAUUCGCUAUUUCAAAUGUGAAAAGAUUUUUGUACGCAACCUACAGAACUUUACAGAUCUCCCUUUAACUAAACUAUGCUUUGACAGUUUAGAUAUGCAAUUUAUGCAAACUGGACUUUUCCGAAAUCUCCGGAAUUUAAAAGAAGUGGAAAUAUCUCAUAACAGAAAACUUCCUUCCAAAACUUUAAGAGAUGCGUUCCUUAAUAUUUCAUCCUCUUUACAGAUUCUUAAUCUUACUUCAAACAGAUGGAAUUACAUUGUACCUGAUUUCUUCAAAUAUGUUUCCCAUACUAACUUGAGUACGGUAGUACUAGCAGGUAAUCAACUGCGGAAUUUAACAGCAGACAUUUUUCAGGAUCUUAAACUGACAGCAUUAGAUUUUUCAGUCUUAGACUUGGGAAAUACGCUUUUGAGGGAUAUUCCCGUGUUUUGUGGAGUAAUACGUCAAAGUUUAACACCUAAUCUAACAAAACUUUAUCUUCUAAAUACAAGUAUAAUCACUUUACAGGGAUAUCGUUUCCAAUGCUUACCAAGAUUGCAAAUAUUGGACCUUCGUUUCAACUACUUUGCCGAAAUUCCAUUAUUUUGCAACAAAGUAAAGGACAGCAUUCAUCCAAAGUUACAAGAACUGUAUUUGUCACAUUCAAAAAUUAGAUACAUUUUUAAUAACAGUUUUAGUUGCCUUCCAUCGCUGACAAAAUUAGAUUUAAGUUUUACGGAAUUACAUCCUUCACACCCUGAAGUUUGUGAGCAAUGA